AUGAACAUAAUUGCGAUAAUUUCGCUGAUGCUUUCGGCUUUAUUCAUUUCGGUUUUUGGCGUGGCUCAUAUGCGGAACAAUAAACAGAUGUGCAGUGUGUACACAAACGGGCCCGAGACGCGCAUAAACCCAAAGGCGCCACCAAAUGGGAGUCUGUGCAUAGCCAAAAACAUUAAUGCUCCGCAUCCAAAGGUGCUUGCGCUAAUAAACAAAAAAGACAAGAUGGAAAAAGUCCAGAAAAAGAGAAGCAUAGCAAUUAAAUAUUCGAUAAAGGACGGAAAGGGCAUGCGAAACAUGUUGUCUCCGGAAGAAAGCGACUUUAACUGUUUUUUUGACAGCCACCUCCCACCCAACAUACUAAGCAAGGAGCGGUCUAAGUUUGGGUGCAGCAUACCCGAAAAGGCAUAUUCAACUCUUACAAGGCCAAUUCUCCCUGAGCCGUACUCGUCUUCGGAGGGCAUCAGGCUGCUUUACACGCCAAAAGAGUACCUUUAUUCGUCAGCAAUCCGGUCUUCUGACGCGUGGAAGGACAUUAGCAAUAUGUACGCAACCAUGGCAGCAGCGAUAGACAGGCUCUGCGUGCUGAAGAAAAACAACAAAAAGUUCCCAGGCUAUGAAAUGAUUAAAUGCUUCGCUGUGGGCGCGAUGGUGUACGACGCAGUUAGGCUUGACUUAAUCAACAGAAUCGAACUUUCGGUUUCAAGGCACACGAGGCUCCUGAAGAUACUGAAAAAACAGAAAAACGCCCUCAUUGACGAGCAAAUGAUAUCAGUUCACGCUAGGGCCGAGGCACACUCAAUACAAAAUUCGUUCCGGUUUUUUGACCGGUUGCACAACCUCUUUAUAAACGUUCCCAAAGCCAUGAACAGCGCAAGUUCGGAAGGAAAAAAGCGCAUUGUUAUGAAAAACAUAGCCAAAGAAGAUAUUCUUAAAAUCUCCGAAACCUUCCACAAUUGCACAGCCCCAGGCCGGUGCGCAUCAGACCGCGCGGCUAACAAGAUGUUCUUUUUUCCCGAUUCUGUGGCCCACCCAAGCUUAGAGGGCUAUAAACAGCGUGAAAUGGAAGAGGUUCUAUACCACCCGCUUGCAGUCCUGUCUUACAGCAUUGAUAUAAUGAAACAGAUAAGGAAAAGGCUGAUAGCAGUGCUAAAUAAAAAGCCCGUGCAGCUGGUGUUAACCGACAUCAAACAAAAUUUUGUAAACAUGCGCCCAAUUCUGGAGUUUUUAGAGAGUGCAAAGGCACUUUUGCAGGGAUAUAGCUAUGAGUGCAUAAAAUACUAUGAUGCAUAUAUGGACCUGAGGAUAAAGCUGAGCCAGGAGAGGCCAGACAUGUGCGAUAUGUAUACCAUGGAAGGCUUUCUCUACUGGAUGGAGGAGCGCAUGCGCAAGCACUUGCAAAUUCAAAAACAGAAGGCAUGCCUUUGCUUGAAAACGGCAUGCAAGAAGCAGUACAAUAUGAAAAAUAGAGCCUUCUCAAAAGACAUGUGUUAG